UUUGAAUCAAACGCCUUUGUUCUUUUCAUAUACAUAUACCGACUGUAUUCUUUGACGCAAAUUGUAGAAUAUACCUGCUCCUUCGUGCCCAAAUUAAGCAUAACAAUCAAAACUAAAUACGAGAAUAAUAAUGGCUGCUCAGAAAACUGUCUGGGACUUAGCGAAGAGGAAUUACAGACACGCUUAUUGGAGGAAGUCGACAUUGCAUUUGAUGAGCUUUCCAAUCAGAAUCAUUAUAAAAAAGAAGAGGAUCCCAAAUUUUUCAAAUCUGUGAAAACAGGUCGCGGUCCUCUCAUCGAGGGCUGGAGAAGCAUGGAUGAGCCCAUUAUGUGUUCCUACAAACUGGUAAAUGCUUCCUUCGAAGUUUGGGGUUUACAAACCAAGGUAGAAGAUUUUAUACAACGUAGCAUACGCACCGUUCUGUUGUUGGGUCAUAGACAGGCAUUUACAUGGAUUGACGAGUGGUAUGGCAUGACUUUGGCCGAUGUGCGUGCAUUUGAAAGACAAAAGCAAGCUGAAACAAAUGAAAAAUUAAAAGCAACUGACGAUAAUUGACAUGCGACAUCAAUAAGUGUCGAUACUAAUGUGGUUUAGUUUCCUAGGAAAGCGUUUAAAACAAAACAAAUUAGAUUUUAAGGAGUGAAAACGGAUUUUAAGGAGUGAAAACGGAAGGAGUGAAAACGGAAGGAAGUGUAAAAAUUUAAGACGGUUAAUAUAACCUUUGAGUUAUCACAAGAUAAUACUAGUGUUAAAAAGCAAAUGCUUGCUUAAAGAGCUCGAAGAAAUAGAUAAAGCAAAGUAUAAUUACUCAGGAAAUUAAUGUUCUAAAUUGCGAACAACGCGCAUUUAGCGUUUUCACAAAAGAUUGCUGAUAACUUCCACAUUGAUUAUUUUAAGUAAAAUUUCGUUAUUGAAUUACACAGAAAAUCAGAUAACAACAUAUUUCACUACUGUCACACAUGUAUUUAACUUGGCGAUAUUUUCUUUUUAAUUCAAGAAAUAUUAGUUUCGAAAGUGAAAAAUGCUUUUUGAGUUAUUUUUACUCUUUAAAUACAUACAUUUUCCCAACUAGGAGAUUAUUUUGAAUAUACUAUAUGUUAUGUCUGUACAUGCUUAGUGCAGAAGUAAUUUCAGUUUUGAAAUGAGUCUAAACUGAAAAGAAUAGAACCCAAAUGUUAGUUAGUUUGAAUUUAACUAGCCAAAUAGUAUACACAUGUACAUAUUUUAUUUUUAGUAAAAGCAAAAAAUUUAAAUACAAAGACAUAUUUUGAAAAAAAGGAA